UCAACAGGGACAGACAGUAGAACCAAUUUCGCUGGAUGGAAGUGCAACUUCCAGAGAUUCCGUUGAAGCUGCUGAGUGUCUUUGUGGAUGUCGAUGGCGAAAUCCGCGUGAAAGAGGAUUUUCUCAGAGAGGUCCUGAGUAGCUUUCGAAGCUCCUUUGGAGAGGUCGUAGAUCUGCUCCGUGGGGAGUUUGUGGAGGAGGUCAAUGCUGUUCGAAGUGGAGUAGAAAGCUCGCAAGAGCAACUGCUUCAGGACAUGCAAAAGAACUAUUCUUCAACAAAGGAGUUCAAGGAUUUGGAGGCGUUCGUGCAGCGUCUUGACAACGACAUGAUGAACAUACAGCGGCAGCUGAAAUCCAACGACCAGAAGUUUGGCUGUGGCUUGCAGCUCAAACAGACGAACACCGCCUCCUUUUCUCAACGGCCUCUGCAGCCUGGCAAUCUGUAGACAUCGGCGGAAUGAAGGCAACGCGCCCGUGGAUCUGGCGAGAGAGGAGUGCCAGACGGAAAUCUUGAACUUGCUG